AUGUCUUCUCAAGCAUCCUUGGACAGCACACCCAUGACCGUCACCACUCCUACGGCAGUCACCACUGUGGCCCCUCCUGCCCCGCCGGCCAAACCUGAUUUCCACCCGGCACUUGUUGUUACGAAUAUUAUGAAUCACAUUCUUAUUAUGCUUGACGUGGAGACUGAUCGUUAUGGCACUUGGGCGGAGCUUUUCCGCAUUCAUGCUCGUUCCCACCGGCUUCUGCACCACAUUGUCCCUGCUGCGGACAAGCCCACUCCGCCUGUCACUGACCCUACUUACGUGUUGUGGACCACUUUGGAUGCCAUAGUCCUUCAGUGGAUUUAUGCCACCAUCUCUGUUGACCUGAUUACAACCAUCAUGGAGCCUGACUCCACUGCUUUCACUACUUGGACGCGUUUGGCGGAUUUAUUUCAGGAUAAUCAGAACCCUCGUCGUGUCACCCUGGAGCAGGAGUUCUCGACUGUUCGCAUGGAGACAUUUCUGACUGUUGUCGCCUACUAUCAGCAUCUGAAGACGCUUUCUGACCAGCUUCGUGAUGUCGGGUCUCCUGUGAACAAUCAUCGUCUGGUAUUGCAGCUCAUCUCUGGUCUCACUGAUGCUUACAAGGGUUUUGCCACUUUGAUUUGCCAGAGCAAUCCGCUCCCCUCGUUUCAUCAGGCUCGCUGCAUGCUUACCUUGGAGGAAGUUGGCAUUGCUAAGAUGAAACCUGCUGAACCUCCUGCUGCCUAUGUUGCUACUUAA